AUGAUCUCCCAGAUUUGUCAGAAUUAUUUCACCGAAGUGGAGGCUGUCGUGAACCGCCUGGUCAACUUGCACCUGUGGGCCUUCUACACCUACCUCUUGCUGGGUUACUAUUUUGACCGGGAUGACAUGGCUCUGGAGGGUAUAGGCCACUUCUUCUGCGAAUUGGCUAAGGAGAAGAGCGAGGGCACCGAGCGUCUCCUCAAGUUGCAGAACGAUUGCGGAGGCCAUACACUCUUUCAGGAUGUGAAGAAGCCAUCUCAAGAUGAGUGGGGUAAAAUCCAGGAGGCCAUGGGAGCUGCCCUGGCCUUGGAGAAGAACUUGAACCAGGCCCUCUUGGAUCUUCAUUACCUGGGCUCUGCCCAUACAGAUCCUCAUCUCUGUAACUUCCUUGAAAACCACUUCCUGGAUGAGGAGGUGAAGGUCAUCAAGAAGAUGGGCAACCACCUGACCAACCUCUGCCGUGUUGAAAUGAGAAGUGAUGGCUCUCCUGGUGCUAAUUAUAUUAACUCUUCUCUCAGGGAUCAAGGUCCAAGCAGCAAGCCCCCACCAACCACAGAAGAUGAUGUGAAUCCUGUUGAGCACUGGCACUGGAGGGAUCCUAAACCAGACUUCUCAGAUGACAACACCCUAGACAUAGUGCCCUGA